AUGAAAUAUGGAGAGGAAAAAUGUAACUUUCACAUAAAAAUGAGCUUAAAGUUAGUAAUAAUUGUUGUAAUAUGUUGCGUAGUUACAAGUGAAGGAGCACAUAAAUAUACGAGUCUCGAUAAGCUCACAAAGAAUUUAGAAUUUCCCCCGCACAUCUUCAAGGAAACAGCAGAAUCAGAAGAAGAAGUAAAAGCUGAUCUGACACUCGUAAUAAAUAGAUUACUCAAGUAG